AUGCCUCUAUCCCCCAGUAUGCAUCAUGGACAACUCCCAUCUUCUGACGUUUGUUCAUCUGCUCAUCUGCAACACCAACAUCGUCUUCCUCCAGAAAACCCCUACUGGAAAAAUCCACAUGGAAGCUCUGUCAAUGUCUUAACGUCUCUCGUGCCUCGUGAUCCUAAUGGCCCUUUGAUUUACUAUUUUUAUGUCGCCACCCAGCAAGGGUUUUCCUUAAUUUUUUAUCAGUCAAAGAUUGAACAAAGCAUCAUGAGAUCCUUCUUAUCUGGUUGUGAUCCUGUUGGAGCACGCGUCGAUCCUGUUAUUAUGGAUGCCCGUUAUGAGCAGAUUUCUUCACAACUUUAUGCACUCUUAACUCAGCACAUGCACCGAAAAGAAGGCAUGCCUCCUACGAUUGCAUUUCAAGGCCUCUGGCUUCAGCCAAAUAACUGCUGUAACCGCCAUCCUUCUGGCAGAGAACUCGUUUGCCUUUUGUGUGGCUACAGCUCUGAAGAACGAUUCCCAUUAUUUAACCUAAAGCUCGUUCCAAAUACAUGGAAAGUCAUCGCUCACAAUCCUGAUUUGCAAGGUCUGAGUUUUGCUCAUGCUGGACAAGAAGAGCUUACUGUUUGGUUGCAUGAAUCUAAUAGCCAAGCAUUGGCGAUAAGAAGUCAAGAAGAGGCUAUGGGCUUUGUUAAACAAUUCUUUGAUGAUAAAAUGAGCGAGAAAAAACUCUUAGGCCAACUAUUCAAGUUCAAGCCCCAUAGCACCGCUCUCAUAAAAGCUUUUCGCGGUGACACAACCCAAACAGCGCUUCUUACCCAGGUUGUAAAAAAUGCUGAGGAAUACCUCGCCUCAUUACAACGGAAACAAAAACAAGUUGUCGAAACUCUGGGCGAUCUCCAUGCUUAUCAAGCAAAAUUAGGUGAAAUUGAAGCAGCCCAAGGAAACCCCGCUGAAGUUAAGCGCCUUCAAGUCGAACUUGGACGUAUGAACUGCCCGGCCUCUUGUGCACAGUCCACUGUUCAAAUCCGCAAGCAAAAAGAGUUAUCUCCACAAGAAAAGAACUUUUACCUGCAAAAAAAUCUGCUAGACACUUUGCAGCUUUUUAAACGCUAUUGGCACUUUCUUCCUGAAUUUGACCCAACUGAAACCACAGGGUGGCUUGAAGGAGGAAAAGCUCUUCUCAUUCAAAAAGCGAACCGGAUUAUCCGAGACCCAAGUUCAAUAAUCAUCAUAGAGCGGUGUGGCUUCGAACGAGACUUAAGCCAUCAUUUAGGAGACUUAACAGCUCCAACACGGAAACAGGCUGAAUGGCUUUUCGAACGUUUUGCCGAAUAUGAAGCAAAUUUUCAAAUGCUACGUAUCGCCCCAUUUGCUGAUCAGGAUAUUGUCUGGCUUCAGGAGACCGUUGGUGUUCUUGAAAGUCACCUGCAACGUUCUGGCCGCCUAACACAUGAACUCGAAACGAAAAGAUCUGCUCUAGCAAACCAACGAGAAAUGCUUUUAGGAAUCGAACCCGUCUUUGUCGUAAAACGCCCUGGAGUGGGAGGAGAAAUUCAGUCAACCGUUGUUAAACGAUUUGGCAAAGAUCCCCUAGAGACUCAAGAUGAAGUGCAUAUUCCCGUUGGGGGAUAA